AUGAAUUUUAAUGAAUUAGAAGUUGAAAAGUUGAAAUCAGAGUUGAAAUCAAAGAAUGUUAGUGGCUAUGUAGAUAAAUUCAUACAAAACAAUAUGCAAGGAGAAGAAGUUUAACUACCUCUUUUAUGCUAAUUAUCAAAAUGUAUCAUUGAUAUACCUGUAAGACAUUAAGAAUUAAUUUUGUUUAAAUGUUUAUUCGAUUUAAACAAUUGGGUAGAGUAUAGCCUUAAAUAUAAAAAAGAUUAUAAGUAUUCUAUGUAAUAUUGAUUUUAUAGUAUGUAAACUUGCCCUGGAUGCAAUAAAAAUAUAAUUCCAACUGAUUUUGGCGUAGAUUUCAAACUUUACCAUGCAUUGGAAGCUUUUAAAUUAUUUAAAAUGUAAUAUGGAAGGAUGAAUCCCAAUAAAUAUAUUGAAUAAAAUGAACUAUUUUAUUAAGCAUCCUACUCCAACCCAGUUUAUAAAAUGAAAGUUAAGGAUAAUAAAAAAGCCCUAGAUGUUGAAAAAGUAAUUAUUCCAGGAACUUAUCCUAUUUUUGGGAUUUAAAAAAGACAUCUUAUUCAAAAAUCAGACCCAACACUUCAAGAAAAAAAAAUUAAUGAUGAAAUAGCCUUUACCAUUGAAAAAUUGUCCCAGUAUUUAAAUCAAAAAUUGUAUUUUCUUUCAAAGGAAAGAAAAAUUUUAAUAGAAAAGUUACAAUAAUUAAUAUUACCUAAAAAAAAUGAAUUAAAAAAUUUAUUCAAAAAUUCUAUUAAAUUAAUCUCAUUAGGAAAGAAAUCUUUAAAAAAUGAUUUCAUUUUUGCAUUAAAAACUAUAUAAGGAUUGGAUAAUAGAAUUAAAUCACUUGUAAAUAUUAUUUUUAAUUUAGUUAAUUGUAUAUUACGUGUAUUAUGAUGUUUGGCAGGAAUAUAAUAUAGUAUAUAAUUAAAAUCCUAUUGAUAUUUUAGAACAUCAACUAUGCAUAAAAGAAUUUGGUGAAGGAAAAAACCAUUAAUUAUAUAUAAUAGGAGGAAUAUAUAUUACAGAUAGAUUCAGAUAGAGUUCGUAAUUUAUAAGAAUUCAAUUUCCGAGUAAUCCAUACGAGAAAAAAGAAGCUUAGGUAGAGAUUUUACCAAGUUUACCCAUAGAAGGGUAUAAUUUUAUGGGCACAGUAUAUAAAGGGUAUUAAUAAUUUAUACUUUUCUAGAAAAAUAUAUGUCUUCUAUGGCUAAAUAAGAAAAGUAAUUAAUGAUGUAAUUGUUAAUGAACUAUUGAAUACUACUUAUGCUUAUAGAAGCAACAAAUGGAAAAAACUUGAUAUUCAAUUAGAGAAUAGAUUUGAUGGAAGUUUUUUCAUAUCUCAAGACCCAAUUUUUGAUAAAUUAGUCAUAUUUUAUGGAGGUAUAUCUCAUUAUCCUAAUGGAAUACAUAACAAGUCUUGUAAAUAAUAAAAUAGAAUCUAAAUAUUUUCUUGCAAGGAAGAAAAUUUAUUAGGAAAUUAAUAAAAGUAUUUUGAACCUGAAUUUUCGAAAAAGCCUGAAGAAUAAUAUUAAUAAAAAGUUCUAUGCUCUCCACUGUUCUCUUGUUCAUAUUAUGGUAGAAAUCAAUUGAUUUUAUCAGGGGAAAAUCUUAAGAACCCAUCAUACACAGAUUCAAAAUUUGUAAAGAGAGAGGUGUAUACUCUAGAUUGGUAAAAUGGUAGAUUUAAAUUAAAUGAAAUAUUUUCACUUGAACCUCUUCAAUAAAUUCUUACAAUAGUUAAAGCAAGUGGACAACAAGGAUCUUUCCAGCCAGUGGAUGACUAUGAAGGAUGCGUUGCCUAUGGGAAUUAUUAUACAAUAUUUCACGUUCAGAGUGAAAAUCAAUCCCAACAAAAAAUUCAAACUAUCACUCAACUCUUAAAAAUUGAUCUUACAAAUACUCACUGUAAAUUUAAACCAUAUUUUAAUUAGUUAGAAUAUAUUAAUAUUAGGAUAAUGAUCAAUCAGUUUAGAAAUCAAAGAAAUUAUUAGAAAAAUUUGAAAAUAGAGAAAAUAUUAUUUUAUGA